GUUCCAGCUUCCCUCCUCCCCUCCCUCCUUCCCUCACCCUCCGCCUGCGCCGCGGCUGCUGCUGCUGCGUCGGAUGAGGGAGCGCAGGCGAGUGGCGCAGCCAGAGACAGCGGCCUCCCCGCGCGGCGUGAGGGGGAGAGGCCCACAGGGUGGCGGCUGGAAGGGGUUGUAAGCACCAGUGGUGCUAGUCUGUGAGCGCCAUGUACAAUGGAAUAGGACUCCCCACUCCCCGCGGCAGUGGCACCAACGGUUACGUGCAGCGCAACCUGUCAGCCGUGCGCCACAAGAAGGAUCGCACAGACUACAAGUCGGAAGAAGAAUUGAGAAAGCUGGAGUCGUCCUUGGUCAAAAAACCUAACCAGGAUAUCCUGGAUCACGAGCGCAAGCGGAAGGUCGAGCUGAAAUGCUUGGAGCUGGCUGAGCUCAUGGAGGAGCAGGGGUAUGGAGAAGGGGAAAUCCAAGAGAAGGUAGCCACUUUUCGGAUGAUGCUUCUGGAGAAAGAUGUAGCAGUGGUCAAGGAGGGGGAGCAACAGCAAAAGCCAACUGGUGUCACAGAAACUCAUCAGCUGGCUGAGGCCAAUGAGAAGAAGAAUGAGAGGCUUCGAGCGGCGUUUGGGAUUAGCGACAACUAUGUGGAUGGAAGCUCCUUUGACCCUAACCGGAGGGCAAAGGAAGCUGCAUCUGCUGCCGCAGCAGCAAAACAACAGCAGGAACAGAAAAAGCAGUACAGUCUUGUCCGAGAGUCCAGCAGCUCCCGCUCACCAUCUCCAAAACAGAAAAAGAAGAAAAAAAAGAAAGACAGAGGCAGGUCUGAAAGCAGAUCACCAUCUCGAAGAGAGAGGAAGAAAAGCUCAAAGAAAAAGAAACACAGGUCAGAGUCAAAGAAAAGGAAACACAGAUCUCCAAGUCUGAAGAGCAAACACAAAUCCAAGGAGAAGAAACGAAAGAGGUCCACCAGUGAGUCGGCAUCUCAGAAAGACCGCCGGGAUCGCUCUUCCUCCCCAGAUGGCUCUUCUUCGUCAGAUGGCUCCCACAGCAGCAGGUCGGGCAGUGUCAGUACCCAGAAACGGACUACAGUGAGACGGCAGAGCAAGUCCCCUUUGACAAUUUCGCAGAAGCGAGGAGAAACUGAGGAGGGUUCCAAGAACCUGCCACACCGAGAACGAUCAUCUUCUGCUGAACCUGCCCGGCAUGGCCGAAGCACAAGUCCACGACACAGCAGAGAAAAGCCGGAGAAAACCACAUCCAAGCAUUCUCCGUUAGAGAGUUCUGCCGCCCCUCUAUCUCCUGCCAGAGAAAAGGAAAAAGACAAAGAGAAGAAAGCUGCUCGGCAUGGGGGUCGGAAAUCUAGCCCAUCAUUGGAACAGGAGUCAAAGUUGAUAAGUCGUUCCCCAGUACCAAAUGAUCCUCCUCGGGAAAGGGUCUUAGGACACAAACGUCCUUCCUCCAAGGAGAGCCGGUCCUCUGCCUCCCCCUCUCCUCCUCCUAAGAAGAUUUCAGAGGAUCGCAAUGGGACUCUCCCCACCUCCAAGUCCAAGACACCCCCUGAACAGAGGCAGCAGCUGGCAGCUUCUUCAUCUCCUCCUGCUCCUAAAGCUGUUGAUAGCAAGUUGAGAAAGGCUUCUCGUGAUGGCUCUCCACCCCAGCGUUCCCAUUCGCCUUCAGAAAGUGGUAGCUGCUCCUCUUCCUCCUCCUCCUCUUCCUCCUCCUCCUCUCCUUCCUUAGCAAAGAAGCCAGCCCCAGCUUCCCGUAGUUCUUCCCCAGAGGAACCUCCAAAAAGACAAGACAAAGAGAAGGCUUCCACGCAGAGAGAGAGGUCUAGUUCAUCUCCCGAGGCUUCCCGUUCUGGGCAGAAGCAGUCUGCCAAGACCACAUCAAGACGUGAACGUUCAGGCACACCCCCAGCGAAGGGCAGCAAGUCAAGGGCCAGAAGGAGGGACAAAUCUCUUUCCCAAACACCCAUUACUCGCAGAGGUAGAUCUCGGUCUCGCACCCCACCCAAAAGGGCCAGAUCCCGCACCCCUCCAAGGCGGGGAAGGUCUCGCUCUGCUCAGCGGCGUGCCCGAUCUCGUUCACGUACUCCUCAAAGAAGGGCACGGUCUCGUAGCCCACAGUGGCGGGGACGCUCAAGAACACCCCAGCGUUGGGGUAGGUCACGCUCACGCAGUCCUCCCCGAUGGGGCCGAUCUCGUACUCCUCAGAGGCGUGGUUGGUCCCGUUCCAGAACCCCCCAAAGGCAUGGAUGGUCUAGAAGCAGAAAUAGUGGGAGAUGGGGAAGGUCAAGAACUCCACCAAGAAGAGGCAGGUCACGUUCAAGAACUCCACCAAGAAGAGGCAGGUCUAGAUCUAGAACUCCACCUCGACGAGGGAGGUCUCGGUCUAGAACCCAGCCCAGAAGAGGGCGGUCUAGAACCAGAAGCCCUCCUAGGAGGGGGAGGUCUGCCUCUUCACCAAGGAGGGAGAAAUCUUUGAUUUCUGCUAGACGAAGCAGGUCAGUGUCGUCUCCAGAAUGGAAGACCUCCAGAAUUUCUUCAAGAAGAAGUCGCUCUGAUUCCUCCCCCCAAAUAAGAGAGAGGGCCAGAAAACCAUUGAGACGUAGCCAAUCUCUGUCAUCUCCUGAAUCUAGAAACAGACUGCGAGCAUCUCCCAGGCGCAGUCGAUCUCGAUCAUUUCCAAAAGCAAAAAAGAAGACACUCACCUCUCCCAGAAGGAGUCGAUCAGGGUCCUCCCCAAGACUGAGGAAGAAAAAGUCAGGAACUCCCCCACGGCGUAGUUGUUCUUGUUCUCCAAGACUGAAAAAGAAACCCAGAUUAUCACCAAGACGAAGCAGGUCUGGUUCUUCCCCUAAUAAAAAAUCCAGGUCACCUGCCAUGCGUAGCCCAUCCGGGACGCCUCCAGCAUUCAAAAAUAAAUCUAGAAGGUCCCCAGGAAGAAGCAGAUCAGGCUCAUUGCCAAGACUCUCAAAGAAAUCUGAGGUUUCUUCAGUUGUGGAAGAGAAAUCCAAAAUGCCUUUCAGAAGGAGUCGGUCUGGGUCAUCACCUGUCUUGAGAAAAUCUAAAUCUCCGGCCAGACGUAGCAGGUCAGGUUCUUCACCAGAUCUAGAGAAGAGAUCGCCAAGGAGACGAAACAGGUCUGAAUCCUCUCCAGAAGUCAAAACAAAGUCAAAGCUGUCUUCAAAGUCAGGGUCAUCACCAGGAAUGAAGAAAAAGCUGAAGUCUCCUCCGAGACGGAGCAGAUCUGGCUCUUCUCAGUCGUCAGCAAAAGAAAACUCCUUAUCACCUCCAAGACGAGCUGUCUCUCCGGAGCUCAAGUCCACACCUCCAUUGCAGAGAAGCAGGUCUGGGAGGUCCCUUGCCGAAAGGUCCAGAUCACCAGUCCUGAGGCAGAGCAGGUCAGGAUCACCCCCAAGUCUGAGAGGGCAGUCUGCCUCUCCUCCAAGGCGAACUUCAUCUGGACCUUCCUCAGAACCAAAGAAGAAGUCCACUUCACCACUUGGGAAACAUAGAACCCACUCUUCUCCAAAGUCGAAGAAAUCCCGUUCUUCACCACGGCGAAGUAGGUCUGGCUCUUCUCCACUGAUUGAAGAGCAAUCUAGAUCACCUCCCAGGAGCAAAUCCAGGUACUCUCCUGAUGUGAAAAAACCCACAUCACCUUUGAAACAAGUCAGGCCUGGGUCCUCUCCUUCAGCAGUGAAAGAGAAGUCUAAGUCUCCGGUCAGGAGAAGUGGUUCCAGAUCUUCUCCUGAACUAAAUGGCAAACCUAAAUCUCCCCUGAAACAAAAUAAAUCCCAAGAAAGUAAGGUAAAAUCUGGAUCACCUUCAAGACACAACAAAUCAGGAUCUCUAAUAGUAAUGGAGACAGCUGCGUCACCCUGCCAGAAGAGCAAGGCAGGAUUAUCUCAGUCUGGAAAAGAAAAAUUACAUUCACCACCAAGGCCGGGCCAAACUAGAUUGUCACCUGUUCUUAAAAAGUCAGAGAUUCCAUUGAGGCGAAGUAGAUCAGGAUCUUCGUCGUCUUCUUCCUCUUCCUCCUCCUCCUCAUCUUCCUCUUCCUCCUCCUCAUCUUCCUCUUCUGCAGAGGAAGCUAAGCCUCAGUCACCCCCAAGACUCAGCCGUUCUGCAGCACAGCUGAUUAACAAAGGCAAGUCUGUUUCCUCUGUAGUGGAUCGCAGGUCAGAUUCCUCUCCAGAGCCGGAGAGCACCACAUCGGCACCUGCUGUAAAGCACAACAGACCUGGAGUUUCUCCAGAUGUACGAGAGACUUCAAGAGCUGCAGUACUGGGGACUAAACCACCAUUGGAGAAGAAAGAAACACCCAGAGAUGCUCCUCGGAGGAGUAGGUCAAGGUCUUACUCUGGCAGUAAAGAGAAACCAAGAAUACUCUGCAGUCGGAGCAGUUCAGAGUCUUCCCCAGAGCAAAAGGAGAAAUCUGUAAGCAGAUCUGUAUCACCCGUGAGACCUAUGGUAAAAUCAAGGACACCACCAAGGCACAGGACAUCACGCUCACCCCCAAGGCCUAGAGCAAAAUCCAGAACUCCCCCAAAGCAAGGCAGGUCUGGGACACCACCACGGCCCAGAGUAAAGUCCAGAACACCUCCGAGGCGACGUAGAUCUGGAUCAUCUCCAAGGCCCAGAAUGAAGUCCAGAACACCUCCCAGGCGUCGCAGGUCUGGAUCAUCCCCAAGACCCAGAGUGAAAUCAAGAACACCACCACGUCGGCGCCGUCGGUCUGGGUCAUCUCCACAAUCCAGGGCAAAAUCCAGAACACCUCCACGACGGCGCAGGUCUGGUUCAUCUCCGCGGCCAAGGGAGAAAUCUAGAACACCGGUUACAAGACGAAGAAGAUCUGUGUCACCACUGAGCCCUAGACGGAAAUCUAGAACCCCUCUAAGAUGCGGAAGGUCCAGAUCUCUCUCUAGGCAGAAAAAUGCCAGUGGGCACCCGAGUAGGUCUGAGUCGUCUCCCUACCGUGAGAGACCAAGAACAUCCUUACGACAAGGAAGAUCUCGUUCCCCCUCAAGGAGGAGCCGCUCCCGUUCACUGUCUCGACGACGAGAUAAAUCAAAGAAUUCUCUGCGGAGGGAAAGAUCUGUCUCUUCCCCAGGCCGGAGCCGCUCACGAUCUGCUCCUCGUCAGGACAAAUCUCGCUUCCCACGGAAGGGCGAGCCCUCACCUCGCAGGGGUCGUUCUCGAUCACCAGCACAAAGAGAAAUGUCGAAAUUGUCUCCACAAAGGUCUGCUGCUAAUCGGAAUGCCUCCCGUUCACCUCCCAGGUUAGAUGCUUCUCGUGGGACAGCAGCGUACAAAAGUGGUGGGUCCAGAGUGUCUCCUGAUUUCCAAUCAUCCCCUGUGCGGAAGCAUUCCAGAUCAGGCUCCCGGGAAAUCUGUGCUUCUCCAGGAAGGAAAUCCCGUUCUCCUCCAGUGCUGGAGAAAUACCCCAAGUCUGAUGUUCAGGAGAAGUCAGCCACUUCCUCAGCUUGGCACAGCAAAAGCAGCACUGCCGUUCCUCGCUCCCCUUCUCCACCCCGCAAGGAUUCUCCCAAACUGCAAAAGACCGUGUCUCCAGUUCCAUCCAAGCUGCAAGAGUCGCCAUCGCCAUCUGUCUUGAAAAACGGUGGUUCCGCUACCCUCCAUGACAUCCCAGGGGAAAGGAAUCAGGCUGUGCAUCCUGCUGUGGUCAAGGAUGAUGCAGCUGUCAACGUUCCUCUGUUGUCGGGGAGAAAUAGUUCUUGUGCAGGAUCCCCUCUUCCACUUAGUAAAUCUAGAUCCCCUUCCUCCUCUGCCUCUUCCUCUGCUUCCUCCAGUCCCUUGCCAGCACUUGUUUCUGUGCUCAUCCCGCCUCCCAAGGAAGAGGAGUUGGGAUCUGAAGGAAAGGCAACAGACCGGCCUGAGGCUCGCCUUCCAACUCUUGAGGUUGAGUCGGGGCAGGCGUCUGAAGUCACCGAGGAGAACGGCAGGAGCAGCUGUCCCACUGCUCCGCAGCUGGCUCUUCCCUCCCCGCCUCCUCCUGCCCCUUCCAAGGUGAAGAGAAGUUCCUCUGCUUCAUCCAGCACCUCUUCGUCGUCCUCGUCAUCGUCGUCAUCAUCGUCGUCUUCAUCCUCUGACUCCGAGUCGAGUUCGUCUGAGUCUAGCCCCCAGAAUCAGCCGGAGAAGGAAGUUGAGGCUGAGGUUGUGCAGAAACAGCUGCCAAGCCCAGUACAGAAGGACAGUAACCAUGAAGAGCAGCCCGUGGAACUGAGCAAACAAAAGCGGCGAUCUCGGAGCUCCAGCAGUUCCAGCAGCAGCUCUUCCUCCUCCUCUUCCUCCUCCUCCUCGUCCUCCUCCUCGUCGUCCUCAGCUUCCUCGUCCUCCUCGUCCUCUUCCUCAUCGUCAUCACCCAAGACUGGGCCCCAGGCACAGGUCAAGGUGGCCCCCAAAAAGAAACCAUCACCAGAGCAGAGGAAGUCUCGCAGCCCCCGGAAGCCUAUUGACUCCCUGCGGGACUCUCGCUCUCUUAGCUAUUCCCCAGCAGAACGGCGCCGUGUUUCUCCUCCAGCUCCGCCCCCUUCAGCUCCAAGGGACAGGCGCAGGGCUCGGUCUAGGGACAAAUCCUCGCAGAGAAACAGACGAAGCCUCAGCAGGUCUCCGGGACGGAAAAGGCGACGCAACUCCCCCGGCCCCCGAGCUCCCCGCCGCAGAACUUCAAGGUCGCCCUAAGCCCGUCGGAAGGUCCGGAAAGCCCUUGCAACCACAGACUGCGCCACCCCCGCCUCCCACAAUGCUGUCCCAGGUGGGAAGCCCCCUGCCUCCUGAUGACCACUGGAAACCAGUGCGUGCGCAUGCGUGGGGGG